AGUGACGUCAUAUGACCAAAUGACGCGCCUCGCUGAGGUCGGGGUUGAUCGAUCUGUCCCGAGUUCACAUGUUGGAUGUCCGAAUUCUAGAGGCGUUCCAGGCGUUAUUCCCAAGUAGGAUAUGGGAAACAUCCAAAUUCCCAGUUGUCUGCAGCAUUAGCUGCAUCGCUCUACCUACGUCAUCGUCACGUCUCGGGUGUUGCGUGGAGAAGUGGGCUAGCUUUAGCAGCGUUAGCUGUAUAACGGUGAUGGCGGAGAGUGAGGAUUUCUAAAACGUCAACGGAGAUCGACAUUCAUGAGAGGCGUUUAUUAAUAGUGAGCUCUGUGUCAUGUCUGUGAAGAGCCCCUCAGACCUGCUCAAUGAAAACACCUACAUCCCACCUUCACUGACCCUUGACCUCUGCUUAUCCUAUGAAAGAAAGCUGGGCCUGAAAGAUACUCCUGGUUCAUCCUCUUUCUCUCCAAAGAGUCGACACAACUACGCCAGCACAACCUCCAUCCAGCUCCUCAAAGGCAUUAUGGGAGGACUAGAGAACGAUGAUGCGUCCCUCCAGCACCAGGAAGAUGAAUGGAGCAGAAAUCAGGAAAAUGAACACAGUCUUCCAGUCUCUGAGAGCAACACCAAGUGGAUGAAGGAAGAUCAGAACCAAAUAUGCAAGUUAGCAGAGCAGCAGCAGCAAGACCAGAAUCUCAACCUGGUGGAAAACAAGAACGAAUCCACAGACAGAAACCCAAACCAGAACUCACAGCGGCGAAAUGAAGAGAAGAACAAGACCCUGAAAGCGCUGUGCUCUGACCUGCAGGACUGGGCAACCGAUGAACCUCUUCUCAUCUACUCUUCUGCCGCCAUGAUGGAGAACAAUCAGGAAAACCAGCAGAAGACAAGAGACAAGGAAGCGGAAAGAGAGGAAGAGGAGAGCUUGAAUCCGUGUGUGUGCGCGAACACAGACGCUGAGGUGCAGAGGAGAGCUGGCGAGGGCGGCAGGAACGCUCUGCUGUCGGGCAGGACCGGCGUGACCAGUGACGAGGACUCCAGCUGCAUGUCUCUGUCCCAGGGCAGCACUGCGAGCAGCACCCCCGACGGAGAGCCAGAGUCCUAUUGGGACGGCAGUGCGUUUGAGACGGACACGGACCUGCCCGCUGGCUGGAUGCGAGUGCAGGACACCUCGGGCACCUACUACUGGCACAUUCCCACAGGCACCACACAGUGGGAGCCGCCCGGGCCCCUGGAGGAGCGUCCCGCCAGCGCCUCGCCCGCGCUCUCGCCCGCUGACCAGCCACAGAUUACAUGGAGCGCUGUUUCACAACCAAACACGUUCAGUGUUGAAGAACUCUGGCAGAAGGAGGAUAUAGCUUCUGAUGAAAGUCUGAAGGAGUUUGAGGGAGCGACUCUACGCUACGCCUCCAUCAAUCUCAGUUUUUCUCAGUCUGAGGAAGAAGAGGAACUGUCUUAUGUCAGCAGUGCCGAGGGGGCGAAGUGUUUUGCGGUGCGAUCUCUGGGCUGGGUGGAGAUAUCAGAGGAGGAAAUGGCUCCUGGCAGGAGUAGUGUUGCCGUUAAUAACUGCAUCCGACAGCUGUCCUACCAGAAACACAAUCUCGACGACACGGCUGGCAUCUGGGGCGAGGGGAAGGAAAUGCUGCUGGUGCUGGAGAACGAGACACUGAAUCUGGUUGAGCCUCAUGGACGAACACUGCUCCAUUCUCAGCCCAUCGUCAGCAUCCGUGUGUGGGGAGUGGGACGCGAUGAUGGCCGGGACUUUGCGUAUGUGGCUCGAGACAAGUUGACUCAUGUGCUAAAGUGUCAUGUAUUUCGGUGUGACACCCCUGCAAAAAACAUCGCCACAAGCAUGCAUGACAUCUGCUCUAAGAUCAUGGCCCAGAGGAAGUCUUCCGGCAGACUAAACACUGAUCCCUCCAGACUUAGGGACAUCCCUUUCCAGGAGUUCCCAGCUCCCAAGAAUGAGCUGGCCCAGCACUUCCAGGUUUGGUAUUUGGGUCGUGUGCCGGUGACAAAGCCAGUUGGCAUGGAGGUUAUUAAUGUAGCGCUGGAGACGGCCCUCAACAACAAAGACAAGGAGGAUUGGACAGCGGUGAACGUGAACGUGGCGUCUGCUACACUCACCAUUAUAACUUCUGAGUCCGAGGAAGUUCUUUCCGAGUGUCGUGUGCGUUUCCUGUCGUUCAUGGGAGUCGGGAAGGAUGUGCACACGUUUGCAUUCAUCAUGGCAGAGGGACCUGGAGACUUCAUCUGUCACAUGUUCUGGUGUGAUCCUAACGCAGCCAGUCUAAGUGAGGCCGUACAGGCUGCCUGCAUGCUGAGGUAUCAGAAGUGUUUGGACGCUCGGCCCCCCAGCACUGGCUCCUGUCUGCCCGGUCCUCCCGCCGACUCCGUGGCCCGCCGGGUCGGCUCCAGCGUGAAGAAGGGUGUGCAGAGUCUGCUGGGUAGCUUCAAGAGAUCUGGGUCUCAGACGCCCUGAGAACAGCAGCG